AUGCAUGCUCUGCACGCAUUUCUGCUUUUUCGUCUCCUUGGGUUUCUUGGAGGAAAUGCAGAUGUGAGGGGAAUCACGAAUGGGGAAGAAGCUCUGGAUGGGUCCAUGCUGUAUAUGGCCUCGUUGCAGAACAACAGGGGUCAUACAUGUGGAGGAUUCCUGAUCCGUGACAACAUUGUGGUCAGUGCUGCGCAGUGUUAUAACGCUGAUCUUACACAUGUUGUACUUGGCACCCACGAUCUCAAGAGUGUUGAUAAUGGAAAUAUUAGAUCAAUUGAAAAGACAUACAUACACCCAUCUUAUGAGGAUGUAGGAAAAGGUUCAGACAUCAUGCUCCUCAAACUGUCUGGGAAUGUUGAACUGAACAAAACGGUGAACACAAUUUCUCUUCCCACACCUGAACUGAACAUGGAAGGAAACUGCCAGGUGGCUGGAUGGGGAUAUAACAAUGGUCGUCAACUUGUUGAUAAGCUGAGAGUGGUGAAUGUCUCCAUCAUCAACCACAAAGUCUGUGAGAAUCAAUGGCCUGCUCUUCCUGCCAAUGUUAUCUGUGCAGGUGGAUAUGGCACAGAUAAAGGAUUUUGUCAGGGUGAUUCUGGUGGUCCUCUGGUGUGCAACGGAAAGGCUGUUGGUGUUGUGUCUUUCAACUAUAACGGAAACUGUGACUAUCCAAAUCAACCCAACAUCUACACCGAGGUAUCAAAGUACCUUGACUGGAUCAAAUGCAUCCUCAUGUGUUAUGAGUGA